CUCAGGUUCUUCUGUCAGGAGGUCCACUGGACCUGAAGUCAGCCACACUGAGGACCAUCUGAGUUUUAGGGUCMGCUUUCUGGAUGACCCUCACAUAAAGAAGCUCUCUACUCCUGUUCCUGGACUUCCUGAGGUCCACCUUCCCCCUGUUGGCUCACCGUGAAACUUUUGAGCUUUUUGUAACGUCUACAAGCAGAAAACUAGUGCCUCUGACAGUUGAACCUCUGACUCCAGAGGAGCUCUACAGGAGCCUAAAAUCCAGCGGGAACUCAGCGCUCUACAUCCAGCUGAAGAAAGGAGAGGAGGACAAAAAGACUGACUCUGUUGAAGGUGUAAAGAGAACCAGAAGAAGAAGAAGAUGUCCAUUGAAUGGCUCAACGUCAAAAGAACAGGACCUGGAAACAGACGUACAGGAAGCAGAGAACAACAUGGACUGCAAUGACACAGAAGAGUUUGAUCCAAACUUUGAACAUCAGACACCUAAAAAAACAAGAAAAGAGAAGUCUACAAAGAGGACAGAGAAGACAGAGUCUUGUAAAGUGUGUGGAACCUGGUACUUUAAGCUGGGGGCUUUGAUCAGACAUGUUUGGACUCACGUGGACGAGAAGCAGGAUGUUUGUGGCAUCUGUGGAGAGAAAUCUGAAUCUGAGGAAAAGUUAAAGGAACAUCUCAAAAGUCACCAAAAGGUUCACAUAUGUUCACACUGUGGGAAGACUUUUGUCUCUAAAAUUAGUCUGAAGACACACACGAUGAAACACACAGGUCAGUUUAAAUGUAACAUUUGUAACAAAACCUUCACUCUGAAGUCCUAUCUGGAUGAUCACCGAUGGGUUCACGAGGAAAACAAACCUCAUAAAUGUGACGUUUGUUUGAAAACGUUUGGUUUGGAGUUACAUCUUAAAACUCACAUGAAGAUCCACGCCAAGGAGAAGAAAUACGUCUGUGACAUCUGUGGGAAAUCCUUUGACAAUCGUCGAGCCCUGGCCCGACAUCGGCACAUCCACUUUGAGGAACGACGCCAUGUCUGUAAAGUCUGUGGGAAACGGUUUAAAGUUGAAGGAAUUUUGACUUCUCACAUGAAGACCCACACWGUCAGAGAUCGACCGUUCCUCUGCCACGUCUGCUCGAAGACCUUCCCAUCAGAACCAAAUCUGUUAUUGCACCUGAAGACCCACAGCGGAGAGAAACCGUUUGUCUGUGACGUGUGCGGUAAAAGCUUCAUUUUGAACGGAGAUCUGACAAAACACCUGACGAUCCACAGCAGCAAGGCGUCGUACGAGUGCACUGUAUGUGGACAACWCUUCAAAAUCAAGAACAAGCUGAGCCGUCACAUGUUCCUCCACUCAGGAGUCAAAAACUUUGUCUGUGGGGUCUGUGGGAAAGCAUUUUCUCAACGGUACUACCUGAAAGUCCACAUGAGGACCCACAAUGGAGAGAAACCCUACAAGUGCACCCUCUGUGACAAAGCCUUCACCCAGAGCCACUGUCUGAAGACACACAUGAAGAGCCACCAGACUGAAGAUAACCCAGUCCCUGAUACCCAGACUGAAGAAAACCCAGUCCCUGAUACCCAGACUGAAGAAAACCUAGUCCCUGAUACCCAGACUGAAAACCUAGUCCCUGGUCUGUCCAAGUCCUGAAUGACUAUCAUCCUGAAAACAACCGUCAAGUGAAAAAGCUUUGUUGUGAUUCAGAAUUAACCUUUUAUUUCACUGAACUUUGUAGUUUGUAUUUGUUUAUUUGUUGACUUGUGAUGUUAGACAGGAUUUAAGUAUUCAGAAGUGUUAGUUAAAGAUAGGAAAAGGGACGGAACUAUACUUUAUCUUCUGUGUCUCUAAAGUUAGGUUCUUUUAUUUACGUUUGGAUUUUGUACAUGUACAUUUUUUUUAGAUAACCAGUUGAAACUUGAUCACCGUGGUCCUGAGGAGGUUUUUCAUCUGGAAACRAUGUUUAGAGACUUACAUGAGGAAAUAAAACCUGUGAUACUAAAGAAAGAAACUUCUGCUGUUAUAAAGUGACAAAGAGCAGGGCAAACAAUAGUGCAUCACCUGAAUGCUUAAAAUAAACAUUUUUAACCACUA